GUUGUCUUGUGACAACUACACAAUUUUUCGCUUCGUUUUUGCUCAACUACAAAACCAAAUUUCAUCAUUCAAAGCCUCCGAAGCCGCAAAAAGCCCGCUAAUGACCGUCUAAUUGUGCAACUUCCGACAUCACAAACCCGAAAAAAAUGCGCAUUUUCUUCAUAUUUCUCCACAAAUUGCUGUUACUCGCGUUGGCUGUGUACUGGCUCGGCGAAUUUGUCUUGACAAAGCUGCGGGAAUUCCUCAGUAGCGGCAAUCCAGACGACUUGGAGCGCGAUCGUCGUUAUAUCGAACACAAAAUUCGCAACUUGGAACGAAGUCCGGUACAUUUGGCGAUCAUUUUGGGCAACGAAGCACCGCAGUACGGCGUCUUGGGUAAAUUAAUUAUAUGGGCAGCUGCUGCGGGCAUCAAACACAUCAGUUUGUACGAUCAUGAAGGUGUGCUAAAGAGGGACAACGACAAGGUGCGAAAACACGUAAAAGCACUGAAAAGUGAUCACGAGCAGAUUUUGUGGGGUCCUGACUUCAAUAAUGGUGCCGUUGACGCCGUUCCGCCGAUGAAUGGAUACAAAACGCGCCUGUUUGUCAACUUUUUUGCACCAGACGACGGAAAAAGACGAAUUAUAGAGACAUCACAAGACUUGGCUGCGGAUGUGAAGCACGGAAAAUUAUCGAUAGACGAGAUUACGAUCGAUUUUGUAGACAAAUCACUUAAAAAACACAUUUAUGGAUUGCCGGAUCCAGAUCUCGCAUUGUAUUUCGGGGGAGUUUGCAGUAAUUUUGGGUUUUUACCGUGGCAUACGAGACUAACGGAGUUUUUGAGCAUAAAAUCGCAAGCGAAUGUCACAUCUCCGGAUUUUGUGCGUUCACUUUUUCGAUUUUCCAAGUGCGAACAACGUUUCGGGAAAUGAU